AUGGGGAUGAUGAGAUCAUCAGGCGGUCUCCUGCUAGGCACGCGCCGCCCCUGGAAGGAAAUGCUCUCUUUCUCUCUCCCUGAAAGCUCCGGCGAUGCCCUUUUACGUAUCAAAACCAAUUCAUCCUACUUCCACAUGAACUACUUGAUCAUCAUCCUUUUCGUUAUAUUCUUAAGCCUCUUGUGGCACCCAGUUUCUCUCGUCGUAUUCCUCAUCACGUUGGCUGCAUGGCUCUUUCUUUAUUUCCUCCGCGAUAACCCUUUGGUAGUAUUCGGGUACAUUGUGGAUGAACGUGUGGUUUUGGCCGUCUUGUCUAUAUUUACAAUGGUCUUGUUGAUUUCAAUAUCAACUAUGAACGUGGUAUCAGGGAUAGCUGUUGGGGUGGCGAUAGUGGUGGCUCAUGGAGCUCUUAGGAGGACCGAUGAUUUGAUAAUAUUUAUAGAUGAGGAGGAACAAGGUGGUGUCCGUGGUCAAUGGCCUACCAACGUGCAUUUGAGAGAAACUGCUUCUUCUUCAUUUUCUUCAUAA